AUGGCUGUAAUAAAUUACUUUAUAUUUUUAAUAUGUUUAGUAUUAAAAAUUAUUCCGUUUUCAAAUAGUCUUGAAAACGAUUAUAAAACAUUUUCUGAUAAUAAUAUAGUACUUGCUAAAAGACAAUCAAAUUAUAACAAAGACAUAAUUUCAAAAACAGUUAAUAAUUUAUCAAUAAGAAAUAAAAGACAAAUAGGAUUAAAAGAAUUUUAUCCAUGGAAAUUGCCAAUACCAUAUCAUAUUGAAGCUAAUAUCGAUAAAAGAGUGAUAUUUGAAGUUAUAAAACAGAUCAGAAUGCAGACAUGUUUAACAUUCACAUAUUUUCCUACCCCUGUAAAUAAGUUAUUAGGUAUUAGAUAUAAAUAUGCAGAAUUUUGUGACAAAAAUCCUGGAAGAUUAACAAGCAUAUCUUGGCAAGAUAUUUAUGUUAAUGACAAAUGCAAAAAAAUUGGAUAUAUUUUCCGUGAAACACUUCGUUUACUAGGACUGGUAUAUGAGCAUCAAAGAAAAUGUAGAGAUAAUUAUGUUCAUAUAAUACCACAACAUUUCAGUCGGUUUUCAUCUAUCUAUUUUUCAGUUCUUACAAAUGAUGUAUUUGGUAACAUGCAAACUCCAUAUGACUAUGGCUCAGUUAUGCAUCCUGAUGGAAAAUUUUUGGGAAAUCUAAAUGAAGAAACAAUUUUACCAGUUUAUCCAUUUUAUAAAAAAACUAUGGGCCAAUUAUAUUAUCCUUCUUUUAUUGAUUUCAAAAGAAUAAAUAGUUUUUAUUGUCUAAAAAAAUGCUUGAUAAAAAUAAAAUGUUUCCAUGGUGGAUAUCCAGAUCCAAAUAUUUGUGCUGUUUGUAAAUGUGUCACUGGUUUCACUGGAAUGUUUUGUGAGAAAUUUCAAAGACCAACACGUAAAUGUCCAAGUUCUAUACUCGAAGCUACGCAUAGGCAUAACCAUUUAAUGAAUCAUGGAAUUAAAAAUUGUUCAUAUUUAAUCAAAGCUCCAAAAAAUAAUCAUGUUGAAGUUAGAGUUUUAUAUGCAAUUUUUGACCCACCAAAAAGAAUUUGUGAUCCUUUUAACUCAUUAGAAAUAAAAUUUAUGAAAGAUAAAACAACUACUGGAGUACGAUUAUGUGGAUUUGUUACAAACUUUACAAUUAGAUCAAUGGAUUCUUGUAUGAUGUUGUAUUUUAAUAGUAAAAAUGCGAACAACAAAUUUUUUUUAAAAUAUACAAAACAUUAA